CAUAGAAUUUAGAACAAGAGAAUUGUGAAUAAAGCAAAUGCCACAGAAAAUCAUGAUUCAAUUUAGUUGCACGGCAUUUUCGGAUCGACAGUCUCAUUUCGAAAGCGUUGCAAUAAAAAGUAGAUAAAAUGAGAAGUGUAAGCAUUUUGUUAAUUUUGACUUUAGUUUUAACCAUAACCAUUUGCUCAGUUGCAAUUGAUGAUAUGAACAUGAAGUCACUGGCUUCGGAUCCACCAAUCAAUACAACGAUUGUACGGCAUAAACGCUAUUUGGAUUUUAUUCCAAAAUCCAGAAUGUUCUUUCGAACCAAUAUCAAAGCCAAUGUACUAUCACCAACAAAUCAAUUAUUGGCAUUUGCAUACGGAUAUCGUGCCAAUUAUCCCAUCGAAAAUGACAUAAAAAUCAAGCGCCGAGAUGUUUAUGAUAGCAUGGAAGAGCUUAUCGAUCACCAUGGAUCAUUCAAUGGACGUGCCUGUCUUACAAAAUUACUGUGCGAUGCGUCAUCAACAAUUUCUGCUGACUCCGGAAUGUUUGCUCGUCUCUAUCAGUUGAUUUUCCGUCUUCCACAAGCAGAUGAUGAACUAUAUUCAACGUUCAAUGCUGAUAAAUGCGGAAAGUACUCAGCCGAAUGCCCAUUGAGACUACUGAAAUUAACACCAUACACCGAUCUUUGAUUUCAUUAAGAAGUUUCAUUUGUAUCACUGCAGAAAUAAACAAACGAAAAUAAAAAUUGAACAUUUUGUCUGCUUUCAA